AUGAACAUCACCACGGUCGCGGGCUUUGACGCGUUCAAGGCCUCCGUCACGCAGCCGGGGCGCCCUGACGCCAGCCGCGUGGACCUCAUCCUGUCCUGCGUUGACAACUACGAGGCGCGCAUCACCAUCAACCAGGUCUGCCUUGAGCUGGGCCAGACCUGGAUGGAGAGCGGCGUGAGCGAGGACGCCGUGAGCGGCCACAUCCAGACACUCAUCCCGGGGGAGAGCGCCUGCUUCCAGUGCGUGCCGCCGCUGGUGGUGGCCAGCGGCAUCGACGAGCGCACCCUCAAGAGGGAGGGCGUCUGCGCGGCCAGCCUGCCCACCACCAUGGGCAUCGUGGCUGGGCUGCUGGUGCAAAACACCCUCAAGUACCUGCUGGACUUUGGCACUGUCAGCCAUUACCUGGGAUACUCCAGCCUCAAGGACUUCUUCCCCACCAUGGCGAUCAAGCCCAGCGUCGCCUGCGUCAACUCGCGCUGCGUCGAUGCCCAGCGCGCGUAUCAGCAGCGCGUCAACUCCCCAGAGGCCAUCGCAGCAGCGGCAGCGGCGGCGGCAGCAGCGGAGGCGGCGGCCGCAGCUGAGGGGCCGCUCCACGAGGAGAACGAUUGGGGCAUUGAGGUCGUCGCGGAGGACGGCGCGGGCGGCAGCGGCAACCCCGGCGCGGCUGCGGCGGGCGUGGCCGCCCCUGCAGCAUCGGCGGCGCCCGCGGCGCAGGCGCUGCCCGAGGGCCUGGACUUUGGGAUGCCGGUGGCGGGGGGCGUGGACGCCGCGACGCUCAAGGCGGAGGGUGUUGAGGCGACAGACGCCAGCCUGGACGACCUGGCGGGCAUGCUGGCUUCGCUGUCUGGCGGCACGUCGUAG